AUGAAACAGCAAAUUACAAAUUACUUGCUGUCAUUUUUUCCUUUCAUAACUUGGAUCUAUCGAUAUAAUUUCAUUUGGUUUUGGAGUGAUCUUAUUGCUGGUCUUACGGUUGGUGCUGUUGUUAUACCACAAGGUAUGGCAUAUGCAGGAUUAGCUAAAUUGACACCACAAUUUGGAUUAUACAGUUCAUUUAUUGGUGUUAUGAUCUAUUGGUUUUUUGCAACGAGUAAAGAUAUAACUAUUGGAUCUGUAGCUGUAAUGUCAACAUUAACAGGAACAAUUAUUGAUGAUAUACAUAAAAUUUAUCCACAAUAUGAAUUACAUAUAAUUGCUUCUGCUUUAGCUUUUAUCAUGGGAUGUUUUGUUUGUACAUUUGGAAUAUUUCGAAUUGGUUUUGUUGUUAAUUUAAUACCAUUACCAGCAUUAUCUGCAUUUAUGACUGGAUCAACAAUAAAUAUAGCCAUGGGACAAAUUCCAACAAUGAUGGGUAAUAAUAAAUUUUUUGAUACACGUCAAUCGACGUAUCUUGUCUUUAUUAAUUUUUGGAAACAUAUUAAAUACUGUAAUUUAGAUGCUGUUCUUGGUUUAACAGCAUUAAUUCUUCUUUAUAUUAUUCGUUUUAUUUGUAGUCAAGGAAGUCGACGUUAUCCAGAUCGUGAAAAGAUUUUUUUCUUUAUUAAUACACUUCGUACAGUAUUUGUUAUUCUUAUUUAUUUCAUGGUUAAUUAA